GUGGACCCCGAUAGCCCCCGGCACGGCGGGGAGCUGGCGGACCCCGGUAGCCCCCGGCACGGUGGGGAGCUGGUGGCCGAGGUGCUGCGGGCGCACGGGGUGCGGUUCCUGUUCGCCCUGCCCGGCGGGCACAUCUCGCCCGUGCUGGUGGCCUGCGAGAAGCUGGGGAUCCGCGUGGUGGACACGCGCCACGAGGCCACCGCCGUCUUCGCCGCCGACGCCGUGUCCCGGCUCUCCGGUCGCAUCGGGGUCGCCGCCGUCACCGCCGGCCCCGGCGUCACCAACGCGGUGACGGCCGUCAAGAACGCCCAGAUGGCCGAGUCCCCCCUGCUGCUGCUGGGCGGGGCGGCCGCCUCGCUCCAGAAGGGCCGGGGGGCCCUCCAGGACAUCGAGCAGCUCUCGCUCUUCCGGACCCUCUGCAAGGUCUCCGUGUCCGUGGGGACCGUCCGGGACAUCGUCCCCACCCUGCGCGGGGCCAUCGCCGCCGCCCAGAGCGGGACCCCCGGUGAGGGACCCCCCAAAAAUAACCCCGGGGGGGACCCUAAAAACCAGCCCCGGGAGGGAAACCCCAAAAAUAACCCCGAAAAUGAACCCUAUGGGGGAAUCGUCCCCACCCUGCGCGGGGCCAUCGCCGCCGCCCAGAGCGGGACCCCCGGUGAGGGACCCCCCAAAAAUAACCCCGGGGGGGACCCUAAAAACCA